CUUCAGUGCAACGAGCAAGUUGCAAGUUUAUUUUGUGAAAAUAGAAACGGAAUUUAGAGAACUUAAAUCAUCGGUAUUCUGAAUUUCAAGGCAGUACGGAGUUCUGGUGAAUAAUAAUAACAUAAUUUAAUCACUGUUUUUAUUCUAAGCUCCACUUAAAAUAUGGGUUCCACAUUUGAAAAAUAUUUGGAAUACAUGGCCGAUAAAUUGUACGACACAUCGAACGAUGACGACUUCAAAUCUGUGCGGGACUAUAUACUACGUAGGAUAGUAAUGGCUAAUGAUUUGUUGACCUCCACAUUUGAGGUUGAAUACUUAGAUUUUGGCAGCAGAGCUCUGCAAAUCCCAAAUUCUGACAGCGAUUACGACGUCAUGGUAGUGCUUAAGUUUCCCUAUUUCAAGGAUAUUUUCGUGCGGACGGACCAACAUCGUCCUGGAAUGUAUCACUUGGACUUAAAGGACGUGCCCUAUAACAGCUUCACAGCGGACAACCUGCUGGAUAACCGCUGCUACCUAAGCCGGGAUAAGGUCCAAACUUUGAUGCAGUGCAUCCUUAUGAAUGCCCACGACCGCACGGUGAGGAGCUAUCGACUGCGGUAUCGUCGCGGCCAAAAUUGCCACACCAUUAUCGCUGAAUCAAGUAAACGUACGUUCUGCAUCGACUUUGUGCCGGCAAUCAAGAUUCACUUCGAUGGAUUCGACUGCCACGCUGUCCCGAAGGAGGCACCAGGACCAAAACGGUCAAACGGAUGCACCUUUAUGAGGAUCCACCCUGCAAAUGAGAUGUUCUAUUUUAAAACGGGCGGCAAGAAGAUCCGAGACGCCGUAAUGUUGCUGAAGGCUAUGUGCGAAGCCAAGAACCUGCCCAAGAUUCGCAAAUACCACUUGGUUUCAUUGGCCAACGCUCUAAUAGAGGAGGACAAUUUCGAAGACUCUUCUUUGGAGUAUGUCUUUCUAGAUUUACUCUGCGAUCUUGCAGAUGCCUUUGACAACGGUCACCUUCCGUACUUUUUAUCGGAUCUGAAUCUACUCACAAACUUCAACCCAAAUCAGCUCCUCUCUUACAGUGAUGCUCUGGACAGUGCUUACUCCACACUUAAAACCUAUCCUGGACAAGACAAUCUAUCUUUCGCACGGUGCAGCUGGCACUUUUUUGAUGAUUAACACUUUCUGUUUUCAUUUGGGACUUAAACUAUAGAAGUAAUUAAACAAACGUCUUAAUGGACAAUAGAAAUAAAGCAAACAUUUUUGUUAUAUUAACUUCAAAACAA